CAGCUAUCAUAAAUAUGUCAAAUAAAAAAUGUGGAUUAUGUGUAUUUGUAAAACUGUGUUAGAUUAGCAAAUCUCGUGACGUAACAGGGUGUCGCCCAGUUUACCGCUUCCUGUUUUGUGUGCUAGCAGCUAACCAUGGAGACAGAAUUCUCUGCUUGUUUGGAGUACAGUUAAUUCUGUGAAACGCCGCUCAAGAUGUCGGAAACUGGAAAUCGACUACGCAGGCUGCUCGAGUCUCCAAAUUUUGAGCCGCAGAACUACGUCAAGCAGCUGUCCCAGCAGUCCGACGGUGACAGAGACCUGCAGGAGCAUCGGCAGAAGAUCCAGAACCUGGCCGACGAAACCGCUCAAAAUCUGAAGAAGAAUGUCUACAAGAACUACAGGCAGUUCAUUGAGACAGCCAAAGAGAUCUCGUACCUGGAGAGCGAGAUGUACCAGCUGAGCCACAUCCUGACGGAGCAGAAGAGCAUCAUGGAGAGCAUCACGCAGUCUCUUUUGUCCACGGAUAAGGACCAGACUUCCAAGGAGAUGCAGGCUGCAUUCCCCAAAGAAACCGAGGACCUGAAACAGAGAACCCUGACAUCACUGUUGGAGAAGGUGGAGGGCGGCAAAAACAUCAUGGACACCCCUGGAAGGCACUUGGUGUACAAUGGCGACCUGCUGGAGUACGACGUGGAUAACAUGGCCCCCAUCCAGAAGGUGCACGCAUUUCUAAUGAACGACUGCCUGUUGAUAGCCACCUGGCUGCCCAACCGGCGUGGCACGGUUAAGUACAAAUACAACGCCCUGUACGACCUGGAGAGCUUCGCCGUGGUCAAUGUUAAGGACAACCCUCCAAUGAAGGACAUGUUCAAGAUCCUCAUGUUCCCGGACAGUCGCAUCUUCCAGGCAGAGAACAGCAAGAUUAAGAAGGAGUGGCUGGAGAUCCUGGAUGAAACCAAGAAGAAUAAAGCCAACAAGGACGGACGCAAGAAAGAGGAGGAGGUCCCAACGUCCCCCGUGAGGGCUGAGGUGUCCACUAAUCCUUUUGAUGAGGAUGACGACGAGCAAGCUGAUGCUGGGGAAAGCGUGAACCUUAGUUUGGAGUGGAUCCAGGAGCUGCCAGAAGACUUGGAUGUGUGCAUCGCUCAAAGGGAUUUUGAGGGCGCUGUGGACCUGCUGGACAAGCUCAACGAGUACCUCAAAGACCAGCCGGUCACACAAAAGGUCAAAGAGCUCAGGAACAAGGUGGACGAGCGUGUGCGGCAGCUGACCGAGGUCCUGGUCUUUGAGUUGUCUCCUGAUCGCUCCCUUCGAGGUGGACCCAAAGCCACUAGGAGGGCAGUGUCACAGCUCAUCAGACUAGGCCAGUCCACCAAGGCCUGUGAGCUCUUCCUGAAAAACCGUGCGGUGGCGGUCCAGACGGCCAUCCGGCAGCUUCGAAUCGAAGGGGCCACAUUGCUCUACAUCCACAAGCUGUGCAACAUCUUCUUCACCAGCCUGCUGGAGACCGCCAAGGAGUUUGAAAUGGACUUUGCCGGGAACACGGGGUGCUACUCUGCAUUUGUGGUCUGGUCAAGGUCCGCCAUGAGGAUGUUUGUGGACGCCUUCAGCAAGCAGGUGUUUGACAGCAAAGAGAGCCUGUCUACGGCGGCCGAGUGUGUCAAUGUGGCCAAGGAGCACUGCCAGCAGCUGACGGAGAUCGGCCUGGACCUGACCUUCACUCUGCAGUCGCUGCUGGUCAAAGACGUCAAGGCGGCGCUGCUCAGCUACAAGGACAUCAUCAUGGAGGCGACUAAGCACCGCAACUCUGAGGAGAUGUGGCGGAGGAUGAACUUAAUGACGCCUGAGGCGCUGACCAAGCUCAAGGACGAGAUGCAGUCUAGCGGCAUGAGCACGUUCGACACUUACAUCGGCGAUGACUGCUGGGUCAACCUGAGCUACACAGUGGUGGCCUUCACCAAGCAGAUGCUGAGCUUUCUGGAGGAGGGCCUGAAGCUCUACAUCCCCGAGCUGCACAUGGUGCUGCUGGAGAGCCUGCGCGAGAUCAUCCUUGUGGCCGUGCAGCACGUGGACUACAGCCUGCGCUGCGAGCAAGACCCCGAGAAGAAGGCCUUCAUCAUGCUCAACGCCGGCUUCCUCCACGACACCGUGCUGCCCGAGGUGGAACGCCGCUUUGAGGAGGGUGUGGGCAAGCCCGCCAAGCAGCUGCGGGACCUCAGAAAGAGCACCAGGCCCGUCCGGAUCAACCCAGAGAGCACCACGUCUCUCGUAUGAAACAACCCCAGCAACCUUCGCGUUAAAGGAAACUUUGUUCUACUUCCUGUGGUCACUUUGAAAUGAGGGACAGGAAGUGAUGCUAAGUAGGUUUAAAAUGAACCAUCAGUGACAUUUACAUUUCAGGGUUGUGUUAGGUAGCUUGAUUGGCCAUAUUAUUAGGCACACUAACCCAGCACUAUAAUGUGAGUCAGAUAAAUGUCAAAAGCUUUUGAGCAGCAAGAACGUCACUUUUUUAAAAAUUAUUUUGAUGUUUGCCAAGUGACAACCCAAAUAGCAAACUUAUGUUAAAAUUAUUUUAGAGACAAAUGGAUUAAAAGGGACUGAAAAGAAAUUUAAAUGUAAACGCUUGAUGCUGUAUUUAACACAUUUGCACUGAAAUAAAAGAUGAUUUUUUCACACAAA